CGUAACAGGUCUCUCAGAGCAAAGUGUGUUCACUGCAGCUCCACCCACACCGUGUAGGACGGAUUAAGGUUCUAUCCUUUUCUGAGAAGUGUGUAAACCUUCGGUGAGUCACAAUCCUGUGAGUUAUUUUGUUAGAAUUCCAAUGAAAAUUCACUUCGGACAUUGUCAUUGGAAAUGAGCAUUCUCUGUGCGCCCGCGUCUGUAGUUUAUCUACCCUAGAUGUCAUAUUUUGUCAUUCGAUGGUUUGCCGACAAAACCCGAAACCUAAUUCUCGCGAACCACAAAGUUUAGCGAAUUAUUUGAAGUCGGACGAACCCGCAAUAACUUCAACGAGGGGACAAGUAUCGGUGUACUAUCACGGGAAUAUGGCUAUGACAGAUAUAUCUAAUAGGCUACCUAGUUUUAUAACUUUUGCUUUGGAGAAGAUACGCAGUCGUGGAGGGAAGUGUUCCCUGUUCAGUGUGGGAUGCUAGCGGACCGGUGGCGAGCCGAGGCUGAAGGAGCAUGGUGAAGCACCAACCCUUGCAGCAGGUCUAUGAGAAGCAGCUGUGUUUGUCCUUCCUCACUGGGAUCUAUGGCUGCCGCUGGAAACGCUACCAGCGUUCCCAUGACAACAGCUCCAAGUGGGAAUGUGCAUGGUUCAUCAUCUUGUGCAGCACCUUCUCCCUGCUCCUCUUCUGGGCUUACUUCUGGUUGGAGGCCCACAAUGACUACAACCAAUUCAACUGGUUACUAUACAACCGUUCUGGGGAAUGGAAGGACGGCACUGUCCCCAUUCUCGCAACCACCGCAGUUGGCUUUAGUUACAUAACAUGUUUAAUGAUUUUAGCACUCUGUCAUAUUUCACUGGGACAGCAGCUGAACCUCUACUGGAUCCACAAGAUUGGUGUGUUGGCUGCCUUGAUCACCACUGUCAGUGGCGUGGUCUCCAUCAGUGACGUGUGGGGGGACGAAUGGGACAUCAUUCUUAUAUCGCUACAGUCCACAGGUCCUUUCCUGCACAUUGGAGCUCUGGCUGCUGUCACAGCGCUGGGUUGGCUGGUCGCUGGACAUGUGAUCCGUGCAGGGAGAACCAAGUUCCACAUGAUUGUGCUGCUUGUCUACCUAAGUGUCCUGCUGGUCUUCUACAUGGUUCCCCUUGCCAUCACCUCACCCUGCAUCAUGGACAGGAACAGCCUCAAACCUCGACCUGAUGUCAUUGGAAGACGGGGGGCUCCAAUGCUGGCUCCAGAGAACACCCUGAUGUCCUUCAACAAGGCCCUGCAACAGGGGGUCAGCUCCCUGGAGGCCGACGUCUCCGUCAGUCUGGACGGGGUGCCCUUCCUGAUGCGAGACCGCACCCUGAGAAGGACCACUAACAUUGCCAAGGUCUUUCCAGACAAACAGCACGAGGACGCCUCUCUCUUCAAUUGGACAGAGAUUCGCUCUCUAAAUGCGGGGCAGUGGUUUUUGGAGAGCGACCCCUACUGGACAGUUGGGUCUCUGACAGGGAGGGAACGGAACCGAAUGGGGAACCUGACAGUGUGUAGCCUGGUAGAGAUGCUCCGCCUGACAGCCAGGGCCAACCGCUCAGCCCUGUUAAACCUCCAUAGACCUCCCCCAGAACACCCACACUACAAGACCUGGAUCAUGGACACCCUGUGGGCCGUCCAGAGGUCUGGGAUAUCACAGAAGAGGGUGACGUGGACCCCGGACACAGACAGGGGCCGUGUCAGGGGGCUGCAGCAGACCUCCUUAGAGAAACUGUCAGUGGAGGAGUUCAGACACAGGGGCAUCAGCAGCCUCACCCUGCGCUACUCACAGGCCAGCAACAAGGACAUUCAGGACUUCCUGGUGAACAACAUGAGUGUGAUGGUGUACCCGGUGAAUGAGCCGUGGCUCUACUCAGUGCUAUGGUGCAGCGGAGUGCCUUCUGUCUCCUCCGACGCCCCCCAGGUCCUCCGCAAGGUGCCCUACCCCAUCUGGCUCAUGAGCCCAUAUGAAUACUGCUUAGUCUGGAUCACCUCAGAUCUUGUCUCCAUCGCCAUAGUUACAGGAAUAUUCAUCUUUCAAAAAUGGAGGAUGAGUGGCAUGCAGAACUACAACCCAGAGCAGAUCAUGCUGAGUGCUGUGACACGCCGGCCCAGCCGAGACGUCAACAUCAUGAAGGAGAAACUCAUAUUCUCAGAGGUAAGCAAUGGAGUAACCAAUACAGAUGAACAUUUAUAUCCGGAGAAUGGCUAUGACAUUGGGCAGUACAAGUGAGCUGUGUCUGUAUACCUGGAGAAUGGCCAAGACAAUGCGCAGUACAGAUGAAUUGUCUCUGUACCUGUUUGAGCUGGUUGUGCUAACUACACUUAUGACGGCAUCACACGGAGACUGCAACAGACAGAAUCACAAUGGCUGCUACUUUAAACUUAGAUGUUUCCGCCAACAUGGUAGAACUUUGAACUUCUAAAAGUUGUGAAUGUUCAAUGUUUUGAAGACUGUUGAUCUAAUUGCUGGAGUGACCUUUUUAAAAGUUGUAUUUCAAGCUCUGAAUGAUCAUGGGAUGUUUUUUCUUCUCAACUGUACAUUUUUGUAAAUAUGACUUUGUUUUUCAGUUAUUUUCUUUUCCCCCUGAGAGGAUUGUCAUGGUUUGGUGUUCUAAAUAGUAUGCUAUUAUAAGACUGAAUUCACUCUCAUGAUGAGUAGUGUGUGUCCUGUCCUAUUGAUGUGUGAAGGACAUUUAGCAUCAUUGGGAAUGUGCACUGUUCUUGCAUUGUGGUUAUACAUGUAUGAACAUGAAGGGAAUUCAAUAGUCAACAUAGUCCAUGUUGCAAUCAUCUUUUCUCUGCCUAUUUUGUCAUGCCAUGAUUGGUUUGCUUUAGGUUGAAGUUAUUAUAUCCUUAUCUCUUCACUUGCUGCCUUUUUGUAAACUAGUUUCCUGGUAUGUUACAAUAGGAGUCUGUUGCAGUGGCAGUGUGUUUCAGUACUUAUAUUGUUAUAUGACACAACUCCUAUAAAUAGUAUUUCAGGAACAGUACCAGUCAAGUUUGGACAAACCUACAGUACUCAUUCCAGGUUUUUUCUUUAUUCUUUUACUAUUUUCUACAUUGUAGAAUAAUCAAAACUAUUAAAUAACACACAUGGAAUCAUGUAGUAACCAAAAAAGUGUUAAACAGAUCAAAUAUAUUUUACAUUUGAGAUUCUUCAAAGUAGCCACCCUUUUCCUUGACCGCUUUGCACACUCUUGGCAUUCUCUCAACCAGCUUCCUGAGGUAGUCAAUUAGAAUGCAUUUCAAUUAACAGGUGUGCCUUGUUAAAUUAAGUUGUGGAAUUUCUUUCUUUCCUUUAAUGUGUUUUAGCCAAUCAGUUGUGUUGUGACAAGGUAGGGGUGGUAUACGUAAGAUAGCCCUAUUUGGUAUAAGACCAAGUCCAUAUUAUACCAAGAACAGCUCAAAUAAGCAAAGAGAAAUGACAAUCCAUUAUUACUUUAAGACAUGAACGUCAGUCAAUCCGGAAAAAUUCAAGAACUUUGAAAGUUUCUUCAAGUGCAGUCUCAAAAACCAUCAAGCGCUAUGAUGACUGGCUCCCAUCACGUCAUCUGCUGCAGAGGAUAAGUUCAUUAGAGUUACCAGCCUCAAAAAUUGCAGACCAAAUAAGUGCUUCACAGAUCUAAAGUAACAGACACAUCUCAACAUCAACUGUUCAGAGGAGACUGCGUGAAAUAGGCAUUCAUGGUCGAAUUGCUGCAAAGAAAUCACAACUAAAGGACACCAAUAAGAAGAGACUUGCUCUGUCUUUGUGAGACGCAAAGUAGGUGAAUGGAUAAUCUCUGCAUGUGUGGUUCCCACCGUAAAGCAUUGAGUAGGAGGUGGGAUGGUGCUUUGCUGUUGCCACUCAAUGAUUUAUUUAGACUUCAAGGCACACUUAACCAGCAUGGCUACCACAGCAUUCUGCAGUGAUACACUAUCCCACCUGGUUUGCACUUAGUGGGACUCAUUUGUUUUUCAACAGGACAAUGACCCAACACACCUCCAAGUUGUGUAAGGGCUAUUUGACCAAGAAGGAGAGUGAUGGAGUGCUACAUCAGAUGAGCUGGCCUCCACAAUCCCCCGACCUCGACCCAAUUGAGAUGGUUUGGGAAGAGUUGGACUGCAGAGUAAAGGAAAAGUGCUCAGCAUAUGUGGGAACUCCUUCAAGACUGUUGGAAAAGCAUUCCAGGUGAAGCUGGAUGAGAGAAUGCCAAACGUGUGCAAAGCUGUCAUCAAGGCAAAGGGUGGCUACUUUGAAGAAUCUAUAAUAUAAAAUAUAUUUAUUUAACACUUUUUUGGUUACUACAUGUUUCCAUAUGUGUUAUUUCAUAGUUUUGAUGACUUCACUAUUCUACAAUGUAGAAAAUAGUCAAAAUAAAGAAAAACCCUUGAAUGAG